UUGAAACAAACAGUCAAAGUGAAAACAACCUACUGAUACGCAAGUGAAAUAAGGAUUUUUUUUGAAAAACAAACGACAAAACUUCCUAAAGUCAGUGAAAAAUAAAAAUUGAAAAUCAACAAAUAAUAAGUUGUUCAGAGUGAUAAAUAAUUAUACCAAAAUGGCAUUACUACCACUGUUGAUUGAAUUGAACGACGAAUUGUCCCAACCAUCAUUUAGCCGUUGGAACAACUUUGGUCGUGGGAUCUAUUCGCACGAAUUGGAUUCGUUCCCGUCGCUUUUGAAUCAAUACUACACCGGCUAUCAGCGAUGUCCCCGAUUCCAAGCACUCCGCAAUUCCGGUGAUUCUGCUAACGUUCCCAAGUCGUCGAUCGGAAAGGACGGUUUCCAAGUGUGUAUGGAUGUCCAACAAUUCGCGCCGAAUGAAAUUUCCGUGAAAACUGUCGACAAUACCAUCGUGGUUGAGGCGAAGCAUGAAGAACGCCAAGAUGAACACGGCUACAUUUCACGUGAAUUCAAGCGUCGGUAUGCCCUUCCGAAAGGAUUCAACAUCAAAGACGUGGUCACUCAAUUGUCGUCCGAUGGCAUUCUAACCAUUAAAGCUCCGCCAGAGGUGAAGGCAGUUGAUGAAGGAAACGUACGCGUCUUGCAAAUUCAACAAACUGGUCCAGCUCGAUUGAACAGCGGUAACAAGGAUAGUGGCAAAUCAAGUGAGAAGGAGUCGGCUGAGGCACCAAAGAAAUAAACUGUACCAAUGUACCGCCGCUAUUUUUAAGCUUUUCUUUUCAAUGAUACAAUUUAUGCCAGUUUCUCAUUAGGAGGAUUUGAGAUUGUUUUUUUUUUAAGUUGAUACGCAUUUAAGGCUGAUAUUGUAAGUGAAAUUCUAAGUUCCAAUAAAACAUAAAAUUUAAAGCAAAA